UAUAUAACUAUGUUUUUCCCCUUUUGCUCUGGUUUCAUGUUCUUCAGUCCUUCAUAUCAGCUGAUUUUCUGCUGCAGCUCCUUUAUUCCCUCUUCAGCUUCUUCACAGCAGCUUUAAUCGGCAGAACAACAGCAGCUUCAAACAUGUCGGUGAAGGUUGCCGUAGUAACAGGAAGCAACAAGGGCAUCGGAUUGGCCAUCGUCCGAGCGCUCUGCAAGCAGUACCAGGGCGACGUUUACCUCACAUCCAGAGACGUUGGUCGUGGUGAGGAAGCCGUGAAGUCUUUGUCCUCUGAGGGACUGAAUCCAAAGUUUCAUCAGCUGGACAUCAAUGAUCUGAGCAGCAUCACAGCUGCAGCAGCUUUCUUCAAAGAGAAAUACGGAGGAGUCGACAUCCUCAUCAAUAACGCUGCAAUCUUAUUCAAAGAGGGAGACACGACUCCGUUUGCUGUCCAGGCUGAAGUGACCCUGAAGACGAACUUCUUCGCCACCAGAGACAUGUUGACUCACUUCCUGCCGCUCAUCAAAGUCAGAGGUCGUGUUGUGAACGUCUCCAGCCUUGGCGGUUCUUGGGCUUUGAAAGACUGCAGUCCGACUCUGCAACAGCGAUUUCGUAGCGAGGACAUAACGGAGGAGGAGCUGGUUGGGCUGAUGCAGAGAUUUGUUGCUGAGAGCCAGAAAGGAAAACACAAGGAAGACGGCUGGCCAGAAACAGCAUACGGAGUUUCGAAAACUGGCCUGACGACUUUGUCCAUGAUUCAGGCUCGUCGUCUGUCCAAGGAGCGACCAAAUGAUGGGAUCCUGCUGAACGCCUGCUGUCCAGGGUGGGUUCGCACCGACAUGACGAGUGACAAAGCAACAAAGUCACCAGAUGAGGGCGCCAUCACUCCGGUGUAUCUGGCCCUGCUGCCUCCUGGAGCCACAGAGCCUCAUGGGAAGUUUGUUUCUGACAAAGAGGUUCAGCCGUGGUGAAAAUAUUCAAGAAAACUCAGCGUGCAACUGUCGAUGUCUCAUCUUAAGCAGCUAAUUUCCACAAAAUUUGAAUGCAAAGUAUUUUUUUACCCCGAAAAAGUAACACAAUAUAACUACAGAACAAGCAAUGACAUAAUGGUUUUAACACUUGAUUGUAUUAAAACCAAAAUAUUAUUUCAGGAUAUUCUUUGAAUUUGUGUGUGUUUGUGCAUCUGUCUGCUGAGUUAAAAGAAUUAACAAAGGUGCUGUAUUCAUAAAAUGAUUCAUUGUCAGUUUGCAUGGUACAUGGAAAAACAUAACUUUACAUGAACCAGAAUGCAAUUAUUUUGUUACAGUAAGACACUUUAACAUUGAGAUUUUAUGAUUUCAUGUCAGAGCAUUAAAUGAAUUUUAAAUGAGAAAGAUUUUCUUAAAAUAUGGAUGAACAAGUAAACACACUAGACUGCAAUGUGAAAUACUUUUGAUACUUCACUGAAUAAAAGUAUAAAUGCA